GCGGAACCUUUCUUCUCUGCUCACAGUUCCUGGGCGGAGGCGUGCGAAAACGGAACGUCCCUCAGCGACCGGGCUGUUGCCGGGGUCGCCUGCUGCUGACGUGUACCGACCGGCUUCUGGCCGCGGUGUGGGUCGCUAUGGCGGUGGACAUCACACUCCUCUUCCGGGCAAGCGUCAAGACGGUGAAGACUCGGAACAAGGCCCUGGGAGUGGCGGUGGGUGGCGGGGCCGAUGGCAGCCGGGACGAGCUGUUCCGCCGAAGCCCUCGGCCCAAGGGAGACUUCUCCAGCCGGGCCCGGGAAGUGAUUUCUCACAUUGGGAAGCUGAGAGAUUUUCUCCUGGAGCACAGGAAGGAGUAUAUUAAUGCUUACAGCCAUACCAUGUGUGAAUAUGGGAGAAUGACGGACGCCGAGCGAGACCAGAUAGACCAGGAUGCUCAAAUAUUCAUGAGGACCUGUUCAGAGGCAAUUCAGCAACUCAGAACAGAAGCCCACAAGGAGAUACAUUCCCAGCAAGUGAAGGAACACAGGACCGCAGUUUUGGAUUUCGUUGAAGAUUACUUAAAAAGAGUGUGUAAGCUUUACUCUGAACAAAGAGCCAUCCGAGUUAAGCGUGUGGUGGAUAAGAAGAGACUAUCUAAGCUGGAACCCGAGCCAAACACAAAGAGGAAAGAACCGCCAUCUGAGAAAGCCUCACAGACUGCUUCCCAGGACGCUGAAGAAAAGCCUGCUGCCGAGGGGUUGCCAGAAAAGCCUUUGACCGAAGCACAGCCUGAACUGGGAACCUGGGGCGAUGGCAGUGUUGACGACGAGCUGUCUCCAGAAGAGAUACAGAUGUUUGAACAAGAAAAUCAGCGGCUCAUUGGUGAAAUGAACAGCUUAUUUGAUGAAGUGAGGCAAAUCGAAGGGAGAGUCGUUGAAAUUUCCAGACUCCAAGAGAUAUUCACUGAAAAAGUUUUACAACAGGAAACCGAGAUCGACAGCAUCCACCAGUUAGUCGUGGGGGCAACUGAAAACAUCAAGGAAGGCAACGAAGACAUACGAGAGGCCAUCAAGAACAAUGCGGGCUUCCGGGUGUGGAUCCUCUUCUUCCUCGUGAUGUGUUCCUUCUCCUUGCUCUUCCUUGACUGGUACGACAGCUAGCCCUGCAGGGCUGCGCCCGUGCCCACGCUGCUGCCUCAGACAUGCCACGCACCAGCAUGCAUCGCGUCUGCCGCGUAGCUGUGUAAGGUCCAAGGACUGGGGAGUCGUGCCCCCCCCCCCCCGAGCCAACAUUUGGAACCUGUCAGGACCCGGAAAUGCAUGGGUUCAAAGUGUCCUGGGCCGUCUUCAGAGGGUGGGGGAGGGGCUGUCAUGUGCUGCGCCUCCACGAGAGGCCACAACCAUGGUGGGGUUGAGCCUGGCAGGGAUAUGGCACACCUGCUGUCCCCAUUACAAUGCUUGGGGCCUCGUCUCCUGCCUUCACACACCAGUAGCUUCAGGGGAGAACACAUCUAAUGUUUCUAAAGCCAUUGGUUCUUAUGCCUUGUGGCAUCUAAUGUGUGCUGAUAUGUGGCCAUUUUGUCAUAGAAAAUUGUUCACAUCUGCCUUGUCAAGCUAAUAAAUGCAAUUACAGCCACUUAUUGCAGCCAGUGCGUCGCCACGGAGCAGCUGUGGGUGGCUGCCACCUGACUGGACAGGCACACUGAUGCCCUCCACUAGGCCCCUCUCCUGCCCUGGCUUCCAGCAUGUGAAGAGCAGAGCCAGAGCCUAGGGCAUGUAAAGCCUAGUUUCCUGUCCCAAGAAGGGUGUGGACUGAAGGCCGGGCCUCCUCCUGCCCUGCUCCUGCAUACCUGCCCCUCUACAAGAGGCCACAGAGUUGCCUGUUAAGAACUGUAAGUGUGCAGCACCAGCCUACAUCUUCCCAGAUGUACCCUGGUGUCUCACAAUCCCUGCUGAAGCGCAUGAGUACAGACAGUCCAGCGUGCAGCUCAGGUACCCACAAGCUUUUUAUUUGCAGGGUGAGCGUGAGAAGUUACACUGGGAGGGUUCACAGUGGGUAAAGUGCCACCACUAGAAAACACCAUGGGGCUUGUCUCCUGCACUCACAUAGUCCGCGAGUCAGACCCCAGCAGGGCAAGCUUUGGCACAUGUUUAUUGCUCUUUAUGCAUUUCUCACAGCUUUCCAACGCCCUCCAAACACAUGACAACCCCCCCUCCUGUGCUGAACUCAUGGUCCUUGUUUCAAAACACCCCAACAAUAAACUGUUUUGUCUCAGUAGCACACCUCAGGAAA